CUGUUUAUUGAGUAUUACACCCCUGAAUACAUCUACCCAAGAUUAUCCACUUCAAAAAGAUCAUUCCACCAGAUUUUCGUCUAGUUAUUUGAAAACAAUUUGUCAUCGUUUGGAAAUUGCAAUUAGGUCACUGUCGUUUAUCACCCACCAUAUAAACACCAAAAUUUGUCUCCAGUUUUUACAAUUGGUACACCCCCAUUUUCUGAAUCACGCCAUGAGUCAACAAUCAAAAUCUCGUGAAGAACGAUUCCAGAAAUACACAAAUAGACAUCAAGUUCCAGUUCAUCCGUUAGAAUCAGAUACAUCUACCACAAUUUAUCACGACGCAUUAGAAUUACAAGGCGAUAAUUCUGAUACUGCAAACUCUGAUACUACCAUUACUGAAACUUCAAGUCAUCCUACUGAAUUCACUUCAUCAAACUUUGAAACUACUCCAACUACUGAAACUGAAAUGCCACAAUCAACAACUGCUGAUGCUCUCGCAAACUUGUUCCAACAAGUACAGUCAUUAACUAUUCAGUUAUCUGAAGUUAGAGAAUCCGUUCCUAUCAAUGAAAUUCAACCUGAUAUUACUUCUACAUUGAAAAGAUUCUUUCCAAGUUUAAUUAUUGAAGAGAACAAGGUCUUAGGAACUAAAUUGUUAAGUGAAAUUAGUGGUUCCCAAAUUGUUGUCAAAGAAAAUGAACUUAUUCGUCAAUUUGAUUCCAAUAUCUGCCAACAGUUAUUGAAUUUUCAAACCAGAGCUGGUUUUCUCCAGCUAAGUUUUUCUCAAUAUGGUAAUUUCCUUUACCAAUUCUUGGAUUCUUACAACAAGGCGGUUAUUAACAAGAACACCAAUAUUCAAGAUGAAGAGAGAAAUUACAACUAUCUCCAAAUGUUGAAAACCCUUUUACAAGACUAUGAUUUCCACCGUGAGGAAAUUACUCGUUUUCAAAAGUUGUUGCAAUGUGAACCUGUUAUUGGUCAAACUGUUAGUGGUUAUUUUGAAACAUUAUUUCAAAUGUCCAGAGAUGUUCACUCUUUCAGUUCUUAUUCGGUUAUCCAAUUUCGUGUGAUUAAAAUUUUGGAUUUGAUUAUUCCAAAUUUGAACUUACACCAAUUCUUCAUUAUUCAAAACCGCAAUGAGUUUUAUACUCUCUUGUCUAGGUAUAAUUUGUCUCAACACAAAUUCACAGCUGAACUUAUUAACCAGCUCAAUUCAUCUCCACAAUUAGUGAAUACUUCAACAACUGCUCCACCAACUUCAUUUCCCAAUUCUGCUAUUACUUAUGCUGUUAAUCCAUCAAUCAAACGGUUUAACAAAUCCAACAACAACAAGUCCACUGAACCUAGUAAAAGAAAAUUCAAAAAUUACUUUUGCAAACGUUGUUCCUGCAGUCGUUGUGAAAUCAACAAGAAGUUGUAUGAUGACUAUAUUAAACGUAAACCUGCUUCAAAUGCAGUAGUGCAUGUUAUUUACCAAGAUGACUUGUUAGAUGCAGAAAUUGAACUUAUUCCAAAUGAUCAAUUACAUUUUGAAGAAGCUGAUGAUGUUUUAGGUAUUGAAGAAGUUCCACCACCAUCAGAUGCUGCAAGUGCUUUAGAUGAUGAAACCCAAGAACAACAGGUGUUAUACGAAAUUACUGCUAAUGCUGGUUUAACUUCAAACACUAAUUAUCGGCCUAUCUACUGAAGAUCAUCUCCAAGAUAAGGUUCUUUUGUUUGAUACAGGUGCUAGAAGCUCCAAAUCUCCAGUUAAUAUUUUAUUCACACAUACAAUUUCAUCUCAAUCACAAGUUAUUCAUUUUUCAAAUUAUACUUCAAUUUCAUUACUAUUAUCUCCGCCUACACGGCUUGAUACUGUUCAUUAUUUUAAAAGUGCAUCUCAACAUGAAAUGGUUAGUUAUUAUUCAGCUAACGCUAAACUUCAUUUUUAUAACUAUGAUGUUGAUUCACCCAGUUUUACAAUUUAUUUC